AUGAAGGAAGUAGCCUUAGAGUCUAAGGACAGCUGGGUCACAGGGAAUGUGAGUGGUCUCACAAUGCAGGUGAAGAGACAGUGGGAGUCGGCCGUGGAACCUGAGCACCAUGAGGUCUUCAACAGGCUGCUCGAGGAUACUGUUGUUCAAAGAUUCCUGGCUUGGGAUAAAAAGCUGAGGGUGUCUGACAAGUAUCUUCUGUCCAUGGUAAUUGCUUAUUUUAGCCGGGCUGGCCUCUUCUCCUGGCAGUACCAGCGGAUUCAUUUCUUCCUAGCUCUUUACUUGGCCAAUGACAUGGAGGAGGACAACCAGGCCCCUAAGCAAGCUAUAUUUUCCUUCCUCUAUGGGAAGAGCCGUGUCCAGCUUCCCAUGUUCCACAAGCUACGAUUCCAGUUAAUUCGCUCUAUGCGCUGGAAGACUUGGGUUUCUCGAGAUGAGUGUGAGGAGAUCCAGACUUAUGAUCCGGAACACUGGGCAUGGCGGCGAGAUCGCACUCUCAUUCCCUAGAACUCCCAAAGACCACAGAGGCC